AUGGCCGCCGUCCAACCGUUAAUGCCUGAACCGCCCCUCGGGCCGACACCAUCCGUCACAUUGAAUGGUUCAGAACCCGUCACCAUGGACCUCGACCGACCGAGUCAAAGCCCAGUCAUGAUCAGCGAGAGUACAUUUGGGAGUACGUCGGCAAGAGGAGACAACAGGAUCGUCGUUAUCGUCUUUGGGCCCGGACAGGAUCACAUUGUCUCGGUUUUCGCAGAAGUCUUGGGAACGCCUUGCAGGAUAAGAGAUGGGUUUGGGCGCGUUUCAGCAGAGGAUCGUGGGUUUGUCGUUGGCGUUGCGGCUGGCGAGGCGAAAGGAGAUGUCGCUGCGCGCAACCAGGAGCUUGUCGUUGCCAUCAACGCUCACUGUGUGAACCUAGGGAUGCCGCCGGACCUCCAUCUUUCUGCCAGUUGCGACUAUGAGUUCCUCUAUACCGAAUCGCCCUUCUUCCGCCGCGACCUUGCGAGGUUCAUAUCUUUUACACUCGGCCAGAUCAAUCAUCACGAAGCGCUUAUGGCGAAACCGAGGACUUACUUCAUCUCCACCACAUUCCCAGACGUUCACGCCGCUCUGCCAAACAUCGAUAUCCUGACUGUCGGUGCAGAUGCCGUCGAGAUCCGGGUUGAUCUACUAAGAGAACCGACCGGAGAUGGCAGUUUCUCGGAAGUGCCCAGUCUCAGCUAUGUUGGCGAGCAGGUAAUGCUUCUUCGCCAGCGGACAGAGCUCCCUAUCAUUUUCACGACCCGAUGCACAAGGGAGAAUGGGAGAUUUCCGAUGGAUAAACCCGAGAUCUACUACGAAUACCUCUAUCGUGCUAUCCAAUGGGGCGUGGAAUACAUCGAUGUAGAGCUGUGGUUGCCUGAGGAAAUUCGAAAGAAGCUGUAUGAGCGCCGGGGCAACUCGCGCAUCAUGUCGGCCUUUCAUGACUUUUCCGGGACCUUUCGAUGGCCGUCCAAGUAUGCCCAGGAGGUGUUUGAGAGGUCAAGGCAGUACGCGGACAUUAUCAAAAUGAUUGCCAUUAUUAACGAGCAUAACGAGAACUUCGAGUUGGAGUAUUUCCGUUCCAAGAUGCGCGCAGAGUACCCCGACGCUCCUCCCUUUUCUGCGGUCAACAUGGGCGAGACUGGACAGUUCUCGAGAACAUUGAACCCCGUCUUUACGCCCAUCACACACCCGCUUCUCCCCAUAAUAGCUGCUCCUGGUCAGUUGAGUGCGGCCGAGAUCAACGCUGCCCUGUCUCUGUUGGGCCAGCUACCAAGAAAGCACAUCUAUGGAAUCAACAGCACAACUUCUCGAUGCGCCACCCCCCAGGCACCAUUCUACGAAAAAUGUAUCAACGAACUAGGCCUUCCUCACCAUUUCGCAGUUGUCGAGAGGCACCCCAAUAACCCUGGAAGCAUGGAAGCCUGGUGCAACCAGAAGCAUUUCGGGGGCGCAUACCUCAACCCUGGGCUACCACAUCAUACAUUGAUAAAGAACGGCCCCUUCUUCGGAGCGCUGAAUGGAGGUAAUGGUCCAAUCCUGACCGAGGCCGCUCGCGCCAUUGGUGUGGUUGAUACCAUCGUUGUUCAAUCUGGCUCAUCGUCAAGGUCGUCGUCACCCGGAUCAAUGCCUUCUAGUCCUCGUCAACGGCAGACCGACUCACUCGACUCCAGCAGCCAGUCAGGAUUGGCACCGACGGCCUCUCUUGUCUUUGACAACGCGGGAUGGAAAGGAAUACUCAGUACACUUACACGCGACUUGGCUCCCUCUGCCUACUUUGGGCGCUCAGCUGUGGUGAUGGCCUCGUCGUCCGAUGACGCUGCCCCGGUAUUCUUUGCCAUGAGGGCCCUCAGGAUUUCCAAGAUUUAUACGAUAGGCUUCCGCACGCCUACUUCUCUCGCUCGAAAUGCGCCUCCGAUCGAACCGUUCAUCAGCCUCGAGAGCCUUCAGCGUGCCCGGUCAGUGGGUGAUGACAGCGCUCCCUUUGUUAUUGUGUCGGCGCUUGGCUGGGAGAAGAGCCAUCUGGUUGGCAUGUUGCUACGAGCGUUUGGAGCAGCCGGAUCGAGAGGGACGACGAAUACAAAGAAGGUCUUCCUCGACUUGGCCGACGGAGCAGCACGGCGGAGUUCAGAUCCAAGUCUGAUCGCCGAGAAGAAUGGAUUUGCUGCCUAUGGGGCAGAUGACGUUGCUGCUUUCACGACAGUAGAAAGCUUACGGUUACUAGUUGGACAGAACGUGCCAUACAGUUUCGUGCGGCUUGCAAGCGGAGGCCACCGAUACUGA